AUGCUCACUAACCAGCUUCUGGUCCUCCUCGCCUUUGGCUUGAGCCUUGUCUCCGCGCAUUUCCGUGUUGAAUACCCUUACUGGCGAGGAAACUCCUUCAAAACACAGUAUACCCGUCCAUGCGGCGGCAUCAACAUCACCACAAACCGUACGGAAUGGCCUGUUGACGGUGGUUCUAUCCUCUUCAAGCCCACUCACCCCUGGGCCUUGACUUACGUCAACCUUGGCCUGGGAGAAAACGACUCCGUCAUCUUCGAUCAUAUACUUGUCCCUGGUUUCAACCAGACCGGUAACGGCACGUUUUGCUUCCCUAAGAUCUCUAUCCCAAAGGGCCUGGGUAUUCAGGACGGCACGAACGCAAGUCUGCAGAUAGUGCAGGUGUCGGAAGGCGGUUCGUCGCUGUACAAUUGUAUGGAUAUUACCUUCUCUAAUUCGCCUAGCAACCUCCUUGCUCAGGAUAUGUGUGUCAACUCGACCGGUGUCGGUGGAGCUGCCAUCACAUCAACUCCCACAUCUGGCGAAGGUUCCCCUUCUGCCUCGCCAUCUCAUGGAGGAACAAUCUCCAAUGCUGGUGCUACAAGUAUCGGGAUCACCACCUUGUUUGCGAUGGUCGUUGCCAGCUUGCUCGUUUAG